GAGGCGGGAGUCCGGCCGCCGCGGGGCGCCGGGCCGAGGGGCCCGCGCCGCCUGCGCCCUCCGGGCCCGCUGGCCGCACCUGCCGCGAGCUAGCCCGGCGCCGGCCCCGGGAGUCGGCGCGGCGUGGUGCGGCGAGGCUGGCGGGCGAGGGCCGCGGGCCCGGCCCCCGCAGCCCUGCCCGCCCCUUUGUUCGGCCGGGGCCGCCGAGGAGACCCUUGCCCGGGAAACUCGACACCGGAGGGGGCCCCCUGCCCCCGGGAGCGCGCGGGGAGCGCCCGGCGCGGGUGGCGCAGACCCGCGCGCCCCGGACCUCCGCCCGGGUGGUCCGGUGCAUCUCUGCGACGCUCGGCGCGGCGGGACAGCAAACGGCCAGUGUUGGUUCUUCAGAAUGAAGCACUUUAUCCACAGCGACGCUCCUAUACUAGCGAGGAUGAAGCCUGGAAAUCUUUCCUGGAAAACCCACUCACUGCAGCAACCAAAGCCAUGAUGAGCAUCAAUGGAGAUGAAGACAGUGCAGCUGCGCUGGGCUUGCUCUAUGACUACUACAAGGUUCCAAGAGAGAGACGGUCGUCAACAGCGAAGCCAGAAGUUGAGCAUACGGAGCCAGAUCACAGCAAAAGAAACAGCAUACCAAACGUGACAGAUCAGCCUCUCAUUUCUGCUGGAGAAAACAGAGUGCAAGUACUGAAAAAUGUGCCCUUUAACAUCGUCCUUCCCCAUGGCAACCAACUGGGCAUUGAUAAGAGAGGCCAUCUGACAGCUCCUGAUACAACAGUCACUGUCUCCAUAGCAACAAUGCCUACCCACUCUAUCAAGACUGAAAUCCAGCCCCACAGCUUUGCUGUGGGAGUCCCCCCAGCAGUGUAUCAUCCUGAGCCCACUGAGCGCGUGGUGAUUUUCGACCGGAAUCUCAAUACUGACCAGUUCAGUUCCGGUGCUCAGCCCCCGAAUGCUCAGCGGCGAACCCCAGACUCCACCUUCUCUGAGACCUUCAAGGAGGGUGUUCAGGAGGUUUUCUUCCCCUCGGAUCUCAGUCUGCGGAUGCCUGGCAUGAAUUCAGAGGACUAUGUGUUUGACAGUGUUUCUGGGAACAACUUUGAGUAUACCCUCGAAGCUUCAAAAUCACUUCGGCAAAAGCCAGGAGAUAGCACUAUGACAUACCUGAACAAGGGUCAGUUCUAUCCUGUCACCUUGAAGGAGGUGAGCAGCAGCGAAGGGAUCCACCACCCCAUCAGCAAAGUUCGAAGUGUGAUCAUGGUGGUUUUUGCUGAAGACAAGAGCAGAGAGGAUCAGCUGAGGCACUGGAAGUAUUGGCACUCCCGGCAGCACACUGCUAAACAAAGGUGCAUUGACAUAGCUGACUAUAAAGAAAGCUUCAAUACCAUCAGUAACAUUGAAGAGAUUGCUUAUAAUGCCAUUUCCUUCACCUGGGACAUUAAUGAUGAAGCAAAGGUGUUCAUCUCCGUGAACUGCUUAAGCACCGAUUUCUCAUCCCAGAAGGGUGUGAAGGGGUUGCCUCUUAACAUCCAGAUCGACACCUACAGUUAUAACAACCGCAGCAACAAACCAGUGCACCGGGCCUACUGCCAGAUCAAAGUCUUCUGUGACAAGGGAGCGGAGCGGAAAAUCAGGGAUGAAGAACGAAAGCAGAGCAAAAGAAAAGGCAAGUGUACUGACCCCAGCUCCCAGGGGAACACCUUUUCUGAUGUCAAAGUGCCACUGCUUCCCUCCCACAAGCGGAUGGACAUCACAGUGUUCAAGCCCUUUCUUGACCUGGAUACGCAGCCCGUCCUCUUUAUUCCUGACGUGCAUUUUGCCAACCUGCAGCGGGGCACUCAUGUUCUUCCCAUUGCCUCAGAGGAAUUGGAGGGUGAAGGAUCUGCCUUAAAAAGGGGACCGUAUGGAACGGAAGAUGACUUUGCUGUCCCACCUCCUGCUAAGCUGCCCCGGAUGGAAGAGCCAAAGAGAGUGCUUCUCUACGUUCGAAAGGAGUCUGAAGAAGUCUUUGAUGCGCUGAUGCUCAAGACCCCGUCUUUGAAGGGCUUGAUGGAGGCUAUCUCAGACAAAUAUGAUGUUCCCCAUGACAAGAUUGGGAAAAUAUUCAAGAAGUGCAAGAAAGGGAUCCUGGUGAACAUGGAUGACAACAUUGUGAAGCACUACUCCAAUGAAGACACCUUCCAGCUGCAGAUUGAGGAAGCUGGGGGAUCCUACAAGCUCACCCUGACGGAGAUCUAAGGCCUGGGCCCUCAGCCCCCUGGGAGGUCAAUGGAGGUGUUUCGUAAAUGUUUGGCCAGCCGCAGGGACCCAGACGCCCACCUUGCAAACACAGGUGGAUGUCAGGGGAAGGAAUUGCUUUUGAGUUGGCGAUGGACCUGCAUUUAAUAUGUUGCGUUGGCAUUUUUCAGUUGACAGAAAAAUUCAUGUAUCAUUAUAUUUGAUUUUCCAAAAUACUUAGGACUAAAAGUGAAAAUUUUGUUCCAGGAUUUAACAGACUCUGGAAACCUUUAGGGUGCCUGCUACCUUCUUAUUUAUCAAAAUAUUGUGGCAUCUGCCUUGUCGACUCUGCAGUAGCAGUGGUCUGUGCACUAGUGGGUCAGGAAACGCAGUAGUUGUGGCUGGAGGAUUUAGUGCUCUUGCCUGGCCUCAGUCGAACUCUGGCUGCCCCGAGCAGUAAAGGGGUGCGCCUUCUCCCUCCACUUCGUCCCCAUUAAAUGUUUACUACCUAGGGUACAUUACUGGAAUCUUCUCUGCAACUUCCUUGGACAUAUCAGCUGCCUUUCUUGUGAAGAACCUAAAUAGGUCACAGUGUGAAGUGAGUCAAGAUAAAGCUGCAUUGUAUAUAAGUGCAAUAUCUUUUUGAAAGUCUGUGUAAAUGUGUACAUACGUGUCUGAUAUAAAUAUAAUAUAUAAAUAAUGGUGUCUGUGUACAGAUGGUGAAGAUGCACAGUAAGAUCUACCUUGGCGAGUUUCGUAGACAAAAGGUUAAGUUAUUUUGAUAAUGUGGACUAAGCAGAGGGAGCGCCGUGCUUUCCCAGAUACAGGCACCCUCCCCAGCAGAGCAAGACCUUCUCAAACGACAAAGACCCCGUCUGCCCUUGGGAAUGUUGCUCUGUGGGUUUCUGCACUGUUUAGAAGUGAAGUAAAAGGAGGCCAUGACCACCCAUGAGCGGGUGCCCGGCAGGCGUUCCUGGCAGAGCGCACGGCUGCAGCCCAGGUGCUGUGAUCACGUGAAGCCCGCCAGGUAGCUCCACAUGGAUUUCCUCCUCCUCCUGUUACGAGAAGUGGUUCUUACCGUGUUUCAGAGCCUCUACGCUGUGGCUGUCUUGUAUGUUAACACUUCUAGAAGCAUUCUUGAACCUAUGAGAAUAUACCACUGUGGCAGGGGAGCAUUUUGUACACGUUUAAAUAUAUAAAAGUACUUAAAAUGUAAUUUUAUAACAAAAUCACGGGUAUCUUUAGGUUCAGGGAACUAGAAUAGGUCAUUUGUAUAAGUAGGAUUGAUAGUUACCUUCUUAGGUUCAAAUAUUCUAAUGAAGUUUGUGAAUUAAAUUGCUGGUUUUCUAAGAUAUCAUGGGACACGGGUCACAUAACAAUAUUUUAUAUUUUGUUUUAUGAAAUUGAUUUCGUCUUGUUUGUUUUUAAUUUUGUCAUUGCAGAUAUGUUUUAAACCAAAGGGAUUAAAUUUUAUAUGUCUA